AUGGAUGACUUGGAUUUGGAUACAUUUCUGAGAUUAGAAUCAAAUGACUUUAAUCAACGUAAAGAAGUCGAAAGAAUUCUUGCAUUGCAUGCUGCAUCAACUACAAUCGAACCAGUCGACGGUGAAGCAUUCCUUAGUUCAGUCAAUCCAAUAGAACUUUUAGACCUUCCGUUAACCAUCUAUGUAACCUGCGAUAUUCAAGACAGAUCUAUCAAACUUCAGUAUCGUAAACGCUCGUUGCUUGUUCAUCCUGACAAGUGUACUCAUCCUCGAGCUCAAGAAGCAUUCGACUUGUUAAAAAAAGCAGAGGCUGCCAUCAUGGAUCCAGUCAAACGCAAGGCCAUCUUGGGAUUUAUGUUUGAAGCCAGAGCGAUUGUUUUCAUGGCAAAAAAAAUCCCAUUACCAAAGGUUCACACUCCCGUACAGACAAAACAGGCUGAAGAUGCUGCUCCGUUACCUCCUGUCAUGCCAGUGUCUGAACCAGUGGAUGUUAGAGGAAUUUUGGAACAGUUUCCUCAGAUUGGAACAGAGAUUCAGACACAGACUAGGAAACUAUUGUAUGAAUUACUAAACCGAGACAAGAUUCGAAUGGAGAAUGCCGAGGGUCGACGACUUGCUGAAGCUGAGCGUGAAUUGUCUGAGCGUCGUCGUAAAAUGGAACAUAACAAAAACUGGGAAGCUACGAGAGAUUCUCGAGUAGAUAGUUGGCGUAAGUUUCAAACUGGAAAGACUAAAAAGAAGAAGAAGAAGGACGAUGACUUGCCACCUGGAGCCAUUCCGUAUAAUAUUGCUCAACACAAUCCUGUACAAUUGUUGGAUUCAAAACAACAGUCAGAGUCUAGCAAACAAACAUCAAUGCAAUCUCAUCGAGCAGCACCUUAUCGCAAGCGAUAA